GUCAAGCUCACAGCUCCGUAGAACGUGCCGGCCUUCUGGGAGGAGUGAAGUUCCGGCUAUUGGAAGUAGAUUCAAAAUACAAGCUUCGCGGCGAAACACUCGCGGAUGCCAUUCGAAAAGACAAGGAGCAAGGACUGAUCCCAUUUUACGCUGUGGCGACCUUGGGUACGACUUGCUCGUGUGCAUUCGAUCGUCUCGACGAAAUGGGUGUCGUUGCGAAUCGCGAAAACGUCUGGUUGCACGUCGAUGCUGCUUAUGCUGGCUCCGCUUUCAUUUGUCCUGAAUUUCGAUAUCUAAUGAGAGGUAUCGAAUUAGCGGACUCCUUCAACUUUAAUCCACACAAGUGGAUGCUGGUUAACUUUGAUUGCUCAACUAUGUGGUUGAAAGAUCCGACUUACGUAAUCAACGCCUUCAACGUUGAUCCGCUAUAUCUGAAACACGAUAUGCAAGGAUCUGCUCCUGAUUAUAGGGUAAUUAUGCUUUCGAUUUUAUAGAAGAUUUGUCUAAUU